AUGGGGAAUACACAAUCCGUGGAAAGGUUACCACCAAGGAAGGCUGAAAACUUCGCAUCUUCCCAUACAUUCAGUCUUCGGUCACACAGUGGUGACCACCAACAGCCAAACAGUGGUGACCACCAACAGUCACACAGUGGUGACCACCAACAGCCACACAGUGGUGACCACCAACAGUCACACAGUGGUGACCACCACCAGCCAAACAGUAGUGACCAACAACAGCCAAACAGUGGUGACCACCAACAGUCACACAGUGGUGACCACCAACAGCCAAACAGUGAUGACCACCAACAGCCAAACAGUGAUGGCCACCAACAGCCACAUGGUGGUGACCACAAACAGUCACACAGUGGUGACCACCAACAGUCACACAGUGGUGACCACCAACAGCCAAACAGUGGUGACCACCAACAGCCAAACAGUGGUGACCACCAACAGCCAAACAGUGAUGACCACCAACAGUCACACAGUGAUGACCACCAACAGCCACAGUGGUGGUGA